AUGUCACGGAGGAGUAAUGACGGACCUGUUCAUCUCGUCUUUCAAGGAGGGAACGACGAGGGCCUCAAGCUUUCGAAUCUAGAUGUCGAGGCCAGUCCAGGACGUUCAGACACACCACGGGACCAGAACUUGGAUCAUGAAUACUCAAUUCCGAGCACCAUCAAGUUUACAUGGCUGGGGACGUACUUCUUCUUCUCUUUGCUCCUGACCCUCUACAACAAGCUAGUGCUGGGCAUGUUCCAUUUCCCAUGGCUACUUACAUUUCUUCACGCCUCCUUUGCCAGCAUGGGAACAUUAGCCAUGAUGCACUUGGGUUACUUCAAACUGUCGCGCCUGGGACGCCGCGAAAACCUAGCUCUCGUCGCUUUCAGCGCACUGUUUACCGCCAACAUUGCCGUGUCCAACCUGUCUCUCGCCAUGGUAUCCGUUCCGUUUUAUCAAACAAUGCGAAUGCUGUGCCCCAUUUUUACGAUUCUCAUUUACCGCACCUGGUACGGUCGUACCUAUAGCUACAUGACCUACCUCUCUCUCGUGCCAUUAAUCAUUGGCGCCGCCAUGACAACGGCGGGCGAAAUGACGUUCACCGAUGCCGGCUUCCUUCUGACCAUGUUGGGAGUCAUGUUGGCUGCUGUCAAGACCGUUGUGACCAACCGAUUCAUGACUGGCUCCCUGGCAUUACCUCCGGUAGAGUUUCUCAUGCGCAUGUCGCCCUUGGCUGCUUUGCAAGCCCUGGCGUGUGCUACCGCGACAGGCGAAGUUGGUGGCUUCCGAAAACUUGUAAUUUCUGGACAGAUUUCCCUUCCGAGCUCGAUUGCGUCACUAUCGGGAAACGGUUUCCUUGCACUUCUCCUGAAUAUUUCCUCGUUCAACACCAACAAGCUGGCGGGCGCUCUAACAAUGACGGUCUGCGGCAAUUUGAAGCAGUGUCUCACUGUCUUGAUUGGAAUCUUCCUCUUCAAUGUCAGCGUUGAUCUGCUCAAUGGAGCAGGCAUGGCUGUGACAAUGGUUGGCGCUGCUAUGUACAGCAAGGCCGAACUCGACAAUAAGAAGAGGAGUCCACCGCCGCAAUACAAACCUGUGGGCCAAAAUCCCAGGUAG